CUCUUUUUCUACAAAAAAAAUAAUGAAAACAAACAAAACACAAAGUCACAAACAGCAUAAAAACACAAAUUUCUCAACAACUACAACAACAGUAGAAUUUCACAAAUUCUAAGGUUUCUCCUAGAAGAUUCCCGAGAAAAAUUUCCCCUCUCACCAUUUUACCUUUCUUGUUUGGCUCCCCAGAGAAAAGAGAACAGACACAAAGACAAAAGUCCUUCUCUAGAAGACUAGCGUUUUCACCAUGUCUUCUUAAACCUCUGAUCUCCUCAACUUCCUUGUUCUCUCAAUAACCCUAUAUCUUUUUAUUUUCAUGUUAAAAAUGUUCUCUUGUCAAGCUUGGUUGAAAGGUCGUUGUUACUACUAGUGUUUGUUUGUUGUGUUAUUACCUGUCGUUUUGUAUCAUUGUUUAUAUAAACAAAAAAGAACAAAAAAUAUUUGUUUGAAUGUUUCAUACUUUGUAUUAAUAAUAAAAAUGGCGGAGUCAACGAAAGUGAGGUUGGUACGGUGCCCAAAAUGUGAAAACCUUCUUCCAGAGCUUGCUGACUAUUCUGUUUAUCAGUGUGGUGGUUGUGGUGCUGUUCUUCGAGCUAAAAAUAAGAAUCGGGAUACAGACACUUUAUCAUUGGAGAAAUCGGAUGAAGUUAGGGUAGCUGGAGUUGCUACCAUCUCACCGAAUUCUGUGGAAAAUGUAGUUGAACUGAGUGAUGCUUCUGAUACAGAUGUUAAGUCGAAUGCUGGUUCUUUGAGGUGUGAAGAAAAGAAUCACGAGAAGAACGAUAUGGACCGCGACGAUAUAUCCCGGAAUCCUGCUAAAUCUGCUAGUGGAAAAUGGGUCGUUGGAAAUGGUCUUGAAGAUGAUAGGAAUAGAGAUGAUUGGGGUGAUGCUGCGGGAAGAGAACCUGAUGAGGUGAAUUUGCAGAUCAGAUAUGCUAAAGGGUCUAGGAGAUCUGGACAGAUGUCGGGCAGGCAAUGUGGGGAUAGAGGUGAAAUGGAGGGGUUUCAAAGAAUCUUGAGAUCUGAGGGUGAAGGCAUGAGAUUUUCAACUUCAAACUACCCAGAUGAGGGCCCAUCGAAUUACAAUUUUGAUUCUUCUUAUGGUUAUGGUGAUCAAUUAAGGAAUGUUGAUGAGCAGAGUGGGCCUAGUAGAGUUCAGUACCUUGAAAAAGAUCGAGCAGAGCUUCUCAGGAAGCUGGAUGAGCUAAAAGAACAACUUAGCAGGUCCUGUGAUGUGGCUGACAAACCCAACGAGAAGGUUCCUCUUAAUGGGAGAAUGGCUCCUCCAGAUUCUUAUGGUGGUUCUGAUAAAUGGUUUGAAGGUAGUUCUUCAAUGUCCAAUAGGGCUUCAAUGCAGUUCUUUGCACCUGAUAGGCAUGCCACAGGGCCCUCUUAUUUCAAUCACCAUCCUGAGUCUUUUGCUUAUACUAAUGGGCAUGAAAUGGCUAUGAAUAGCUUUCAUCCCUCGGUGCACAAGUCAAAUCUUAUUCCUGGAUAUGGGGAUCCUUUUGGGUCCCAAAUACUCAGGAGAACUCCACAUAAGUUACCUGGUCAAUACCAACAACCGCCUCAUCAAUAUUUUUCUGGACAAUACUUUGAUACCAAUCCUGAUUUAUUCGAGCCAUAUCCAUCCAAUGCAGCCUUUCACCAGCCUUCUUGUUCUUGUUUCCAUUGCUAUGAGAAGCAUCAUGGGGUUUCAGCAACAGUUCCACCCACUUCUUUUGGCAAUAUAAGGUUCCCUGAUAUGUCAAACAAUCCCAUAAUGUACCAGCACAGAAACUCUGCGGCAUUUGGCCCACGCAUGAAUAAUUCCAGGAUUCCUGUUCCUUCUCAAUUGAAUUUCCGCAGUUCUCAAUCCCACAAAAGAUGGCCAAGUGAUCUCAACUCUGAAAUGGCUGGUUUUGCUCGCCCUCAUACUCGAAGAGUGGUCUUAGCCAGUGGUAGCAGAUGUUGUCGUCCCAUAGCUGGCGGCGCUCCAUUUUUAACAUGUUUUAAUUGCUUUGAACUGCUGCAACUUCCCAAGAAAGUACUACUUAUGGCUAACAAUCAACAAAAGAUGCAGUGCAGCACCUGUUCUAGUGUGAUCAAUUUUUCUGUUGUAAACAAGAAACUCAUGCUUUCUGUUAACACAGAAGCAACACAGAUUCCUACAGAGGUUGAUGACAGCUCCAGUGAGAUGAUAAAAACCCACACUUCAUAUUCCCAAGACCACAUUAACAGGAUAAAUGCAAAUUUCUCUUCUGAUGAUUAUGAUAAUUCUGGCUAUGACUUCCAAACAGUAGAAACAGAUCCAAUAGGUCACCAUUUGAACUCAACCAAUCCUCAGGAGACACAAAGUUUCCACUCUUCAUCUCCAAGUACAUCUGAGUAUGAAAAUAUCCCAGAAAUUUUAAUUGCACCCAUCAAUGGUACUCAGCAAGCCUCACUGUCUCCACCACCUCCUGGUUCACCUCUUCAGCAGCAUUUUGAUUACUCUUCUAAUAAUCAUGCAGUGAAUCGAUUUGGGAAGGGAAACCGAAGCAAUCGUGCAGAUCACGAAAGGGUGAUAACAAACAAGGCUAACACACGACAAAAUUCUAUGAAAGAGGCUCCGGUGGCGACUGAGAUGGAGGUGUCAUUUCCUGAUUAUUCUAAUACUGCAGCGUCCCAAGAUUCAGGUGAUGCGAGCAGAGAAGAUAGUCAGCCAAGAAACAACAAGGGGGGUGAUUCAUUUUUUGCGAACAUUAUCAAGAAAAGCUUUAAGGAUUUUUCCAGAUCUCACCAGACAGACGAGCAUGGUAGAAAUAAUGUCUUGGUUAAUGGGCGUCACAUACCAGAUCGUUUGGUAAAGAAAGCUGAAAAACUAGCUGGACCAAUCCAUCCCGGACAGUAUUGGUAUGAUUACCGAGCUGGAUUUUGGGGUGUUACAGGCGGGCCAUGUCUUGGCAUGAUUCCUCCAUUUAUUGAAGAAUUAAAUUAUCCCAUGCCAGAAAAUUGUGCUGGUGGGAGUACUGGUAUUUUUGUAAAUGGAAGAGAGCUUCAUCAGAAAGAUUUUGAUUUGCUGGCUAGUAGAGGACUGCCCACUGAUAGAGACAGAUCUUACAUCGUUGAAAUCUCUGGAAGAGUCCUGGAUGAGGACACUGGAGAAGAGAUGGAUAGUCUUGGCAAACUUGCUCCAACAGUUGAGAAGGUAAAGCGUGGAUUUGGCAUGAAAGUUCCCAAAGCUGCUGUGCAAUGAAACUGUAGAGGUCAAAAGCUUGUGAUGUGGCUUCUGUAAUGCGGGAACUCUGGAGUUGUUCUGUGUUGGAAUUUGUAACCACCGUCACAGCCCAUUCAUUCAAUGGAUUCAAAGGAUCUGGACAAAGUGUUGCUGACAUUGUGGUUCAUGAGUGAUUAUAUUUUGGAUAGCAGGUAUAGCUCUGAUGUCUGGAAACUAUAUCUUAAAUAUAAGGCUGGUUCUUUGAUAUUUUGUUAGUGUAUGUUGAUGGUCGCGCAUGUAAAAAGUGAUAGUGUGUUGUGACUUGCCGAAAUGGAGGUAAUUGUGCAAUUGUUUUCCAAUUUUUGUUAA